ACCGCCCCGGCAGCUCGGCAGGAGCGGGCACGGCCGGCACCGCCGCUUCGGGGGAACCGGGGGUGACACGGCCCCUCCGCAGCUCCUUCCUCCGGGAACAGCUUCCCUUCGGAGCCAUCCCGGCGCUGAAUCGCCUCCUGCUCGCCGGCGGCUGGGGAAGAGAAGGGCCGCGAUCAAAGCGGCAGUUGCAGCACACAGUGCGAAAGGAAGGAGGAUGGAAGAAGGAAACGCUGCCAAGGAAAGAGUCCUCAUUACUGGAGGAGGGGGUUAUUUUGGCUUCCGUUUAGGUUGUGCCAUAUAUCAAAAGGGAGUCGAUGUGAUCCUCUUUGAUGUCGUGAAGCCACUUCAAACCAUGCCAGAGGGAAUGAAGUUCGUGCAGGGGGAUAUCUGUUGCCUGUCUGAAGUGGAAGAAGCUCUCAGAGAUGUAAUCUGCGUAUUCCAUAUCGCCUCCUAUGGAAUGUCUGGCAGGGAGCAGCUGAACCGAAAACUUAUAGAAGAUGUUAACGUGAAAGGAACAGAAAAUGUCAUCCAGGCCUGCAAGAGCAGGGGAGUGUCGAGCCUGGUUUAUACAAGUACCUACAACGUGAUAUUUGGAGGCCAGAUUAUAGAAAAUGGGGAUGAGUCUCUGCCUUAUCUACCUCUGCACCUUCACCCCGAUCACUACUCCCGAACAAAAUCUUUAGCUGAAAUGAAGGUGCUGGAGGCAAACGGUGCUGAGCUGGGAAAUGGGAGAGGUGUCCUGAGGACCUGUGCUCUCCGCCCAGCGGGGAUCUACGGGCCUGGGGAGCAGAGACACCUCCCAAGAAUAGUCAGCUACAUUGAAAAGGGACUGUUUAAAUUUGUGUAUGGAGACCCUCUGAGUCUGGUAGAGUUUGUACACGUGGACAACCUGGUCCAGGCUCAUGUCCUUGCCUCUGAGGCCCUCAGAGCCAGCAAGCAGCACAUUGCUGCAGGCCAGGCCUAUUUUAUUUCUGAUGGCAGGCCUGUCAAUAACUUUGAAUUUUUCCGACCACUAGUGGAAGGUUUGGGUUACAAGUUCCCAACCUGGCGCCUUCCCCUCUCCCUUGUCUAUUUUUUUGCAUUCCUUACUGAAAUAGUUCAUUUUCUUGUAGGGCGUGUUUAUAACUUCCAGCCCCUCCUCACUCGCACGGAGGUUUACAAAACUGGUGUCACGCAUUAUUUCAGCAUGGAGAAGGCCAGGAAGGAGCUGGGCUACAAGCCCCAGCAGUACAGCCUGGAUGAAGUGGUGGAGUGGUUUAGAUCCCAGGGAUGUGGACCAAAGCCAAGAAAUUACACCAUGAUGCACCUGGUUAGGGAUGGAGGACUGCUCGUGGUGCUGAUUGCCAUGCUGGUCUCCUGGUUUCCAUCUGCAGUGACAUUUUCACUCUGAAAGAUUAAAUGCUGAGAACAGAAUUUAGUUAUGUUCUCUGUUUACUCUUGAGUUUGACAGACAGGUAAUAAAAGAUUAAAAAAAAAAAAUACCUAUUCAUGUGAUUGAGGUAAAUAACAGCUUUAUCCCCAAGGAAUGGAACUGCUGAGUAAAAAGGUGUAAUUUUUUAUAUAUACUUUCUCUUCAAAGCAAAAUGGAUCAGAUCACUAACAAGAUGAAGCUUGGUAUUACUGCAAACAGCAUUUUAUUCUCAGGUACAACAACACAAUACAGAGAAUGGAACAAAUGUCCUUAGGCUGACUUUCCUCCCUGAUGGGAUUAUACUCCUGAUCCCUGCCCUUUAUUCCCAAAGAGUUUGUGUUACAUGAUCCAGAGGAGAAUAAACUCAUUCUUUGAUCACAUUCCAAACCCCAGUUCUGCCUCCCAGCUUGGAUGUAUAUAUGCCUAACCAAGAUUAACUGAUAAACUGCUAGACAAUAAACAAAUGGGGCUUUUACAUAAGUACAUUCUGGUAUGCUUUCCUGAGCUAACUCUGAUAUCUAAUGACAUUUCUGGAAAAUGCACCGUGCUUAAUCUAAAUUACAGCAAACUGCUUGAAGCACCACAGAUUUGUAGAUUUUUCUAACAGUAAAAUAUGCCUGUUUAAAAUGAA